AUGUCCAGUCGUCGUUCGGAGAAGAAAAAUGCCUCGUCGCUCCUGGAUUCGGCCAAGAAUGGAGGAAAGAAGGGAAGUUCUGCGAAUGCCGGACGGGUGGUAACCUUUCUCGCUAUCCUGGGCUUGCUUGGGAUCGCCGUGGUCCUCGUAUCGUCCAAAAACGGUGGAGCCAAUGUUCCUGGAAAUGCCCUGCAAUCCAUGGCAGUCUCAACGACCAAUACCAAGCCAAAGAAACAGAGCGGUCCCAUGGCGGAUAUUCCAGAUUUCACCCCCGCAUUUACCAAGUACGACAAGUGUGUGGUCAAGUGGACCCCACCACCUCCCAGAAAGGAAUGGAACACCAAACCACUCUGGCUUACGUCCUUUCCUGGAUCGGGAAGUUCCAGCCCUGCCGGACAAGGAGAUAUCAUGAAACCUCUCAUCAACGGGAUCACUGGUCUUCCAGCAGGUGCCAAAUUCUAUCAUGCGUCCAGCAAAAUACUACGACGAUGUCACGGCAUCGACGAAACGGCCACUUGUAGCAAUGGACAUCCCCAAGUCGAUAUUGGUCCCGAAAAACAAAAGGCCAAUUUCUAUCAUUCCGCCAUUAUGGUCAUUCGCAACAUUCGGACCGCUUUUCCCGUAUUUCACAAUGACAAGGCCAUUGCCUAUCACGGACUCAAGGGACAAAUGCCAGAAAACGAAUGGCGGCAGGCACGAGAUACCUGGUAUUCGGGCGUCUUGACGGGAUGGAAGGGGGUCCUGACCACUUGGAAAGCCAUGAAGGCAUACGAUAUUGGAAUGUAUCUGCAAUACGAAGAAUUGAUGGAUCCACUACGAGGUCCCGAUGCCACUCAACGACUUGCCAAUCUACUCCAAUCGGCAGGGUUUACAGUCGCACCCAAGGAGGACUUGCCCUGUAUUUGGUUUCAAGCCAUCAAGGGGGAGUAUCUGAGACUCAAGGAAUUCCGACAAUACGAAUAUGGGUAUACCCUGCAACAACGAGAUGCCAUUGUCAAGCAAUUGGAAGAGUUCCAAAAGGAAAUUGUCAAUGACAAACCACUCGCCAACAUUGUCCAAGAGUAUAUUGACGACGUUCGAGACAAUACUCGGAUUGAUGUUCCCUUUCAAGAAGAUGGAUCUUCUGGAAAUGCCGCUUGA